AUGGAGGAGUGUGAUCUCAAAGAUACCAGCCUGUCUUCAAUCAUUGACCUUGUCAAAUGCUACCCUCACGAGCAUCUCUAUGUCCAUCCAUUUCAAUGGACUGAUCGUCACCUUGUCAUCCUAGAUGCCGAUCGAGUUGAAGAGGGUUGUCGUAGUGCCGCCUAUUUUGUUGCCACACCAGACAAUACCUGGAAGCCAACCCCCAUCUUCGAGCUGCUCAAGGAUGACGAAUCCGGUCCCCUCCAGUGCUAUGCCAACUAUGAACCAGUCUGCUUCUACUUCGCAAGAAAACGCAUAUUCACUUUCUGGUGUCCGACAUCUUCUCCCUGCUCCGACAUUCGCCCUUACGCUCGAGCCAAGUGUUCACUUGGCAGAUGCACGGAAUCCAUCCCCUACUUGGCCUUCGCCGAAUGGACGACAAUGAGGAAGCUGCGCGAGUACUUUUUUCUCUGGGAGCGGAUAGACUCGAAGGGAUAUGACAACCCACCAGUGGAGCGCCUACAGGAGACGAAGUUACGUCUCCUACAGCCUAAAGAGAUUGCAAAUGAUCCAUUCAUUGUCGCACUCCUCAUUGCUCUAGCGCAGCUGCAGGAAUCUGAGUAUGAGUAUUACCCGGAUCAGUGGGCAUGGUACAAUAAUUCAGAACACCCUCCUUCAAAUCUUCUCUUUGAGCCACGCCUGCUCAUGACCGAUUUCAUGGACGAAGAUUACAUCCAUUUCUAUUCUGCGCGCACGAACGCCGACUUCCUCGACAGAUUCAAGUUCCCGGGACGAAAGCCGAAGAAAAACUGCUCUUUCGAGGUCGAACACGUCAAGAUUCCCCUCAAGCCGCACGAUACUUUGAAGGAUCGUCUCUGGGCCGUGGUCAUCCCCGGGUGGCAGGACGACAUGCCUAACGAGAAACGAAAGCGUUCUGCCGAUGACGAUUCUGCUGAAGGCUCGCCGACCUCGAAGCAGAGGACUCAGUCAUCACCCGACAGUAGCAGCGAGAGCCCCUCGCUCGGAAACGUGACACUGACCUGCCGGUCUCGGCCAAUUUCUGAUCAGUGA